CUCAAUUCUGGGCCAACCGGUUUCAGUACAAGUUCAUUUUUAGUAAAUUUGGAAAUGAACACAAAUAAUUGCGUUCUUAUUGUCCCGCUAGAGAGCAAAUACAAACGUGGUCGAUGGCAAUGUUUUGAUUACUACGAUAAGAAAGAUUCGUCAACACCGGCCAAACCACGCAUUACUGAGCCUGCUGCACUUCAACGAGCCAUCACGAAUCGAGGUCAAGUGACAUGA